AUGACUGGAAGCGUAGCAUCUAUCAAUGCUCCCCUCAUCGUCUCACUGCUUCUUCAAUACCAAAAUGUCAGAGUAGAAGGAGCUGCAGAUGUCGUCAAGGCAGGCGCUCACAUUGGAGACCCGAUCCUGCAUAUCGAGUUGAGGAGGUGGGCCGACAUUGUUCUUGUCGCUCCCUGCUCGGCAAAUACGCUCUCAAAUGAUGCACACGGACUCUGCGACAAACAGUAUAUCUCUCUGCUUCGCGCGCUGGCACCUACGACGCCGACUUACAUGUUCCUGGCGAUGAAUACGCUCAUGUACGAGCAUCCACUCACGGCAGAACAUUUGCGCGUCAUCCGGAACGUUGUGUGUUACCAAGCUGUCGAGCCAAUCGGAAAGAAUCUUGCAUAUGGGACGUUGGUAUUUCUUUUUAAAGGACUCGGUGCCAUGACGGAAUGGCGCGAUAUCGUGAAGAUAGUGGUGAAUAAGAUGAAACUCGUUCGCAAAGACAACAAAUUUUAA